AUGGAUUCAAGGACAGGAGCAUUCCAUCAUGGCAACUUUGGUAUCCCUGAUACUUCCCGAGUCAUGUCGCUCUUCUCUCUGAAGGGACGCACAGCUAUUGUCUCUGGCGCUGGUGCAGGUAUCGGCCUGGCUAUUGCUCACGCGCUCGCUGAGGCUGGAGCCAACGUGGCUAUCUGGUACAACAGUAACAAGCAGGCGCUGGCGGAAGCUGAGAAUAUUGAGAAGGAAUAUGGUGUUAAGUGCCGAGCAUACCAAGUCAAUGUCAUCUCACCUGAGGCGGUUGAGCAGGCCAUCAACGACAUCGUCGCCGAGUUCAACGGUCGACUAGACAUCUUUGUAGCCAACAGUGGCAUCGCCUGGGAAGACGGCGCUUUCAUUGACGGCCCUACUGAGAGAGCCCGUCGUGUUAUGGAGGUCAACGUUGACGGCGUCAUGUGGUGCGCCAAGAGCGCAGGGGCGCAUUUCCGAAGACAGAAGAAGGAGGGUUCAGCAUUGGAUGGAAAGAAAUUGACAAACUUUGUGGCGGGUAGCUUCAUUGCUACAGCAUCGAUGAGCGGAAGCAUCGUCAACAUUCCGCAACUACAGGCUGUGUACAACGCUUCAAAGGCUGCUGUCAUCCACUUCUGCAAAUCCAUCGCUGUGGAAUGGACAGGCUUUGCCCGUGUCAACACUGUGUCUCCAGGAUACAUCAAGACCGAAAUCACAGACUUUAUCAGCGAGGACGUCAAGAACGUGUUCAAGGAAAAGACAGUCGCCGGACGUCAGGGCGAAACCGGAGAGCUCAAGGGCGCUUACUUGUACCUGGCUAGCGACGCCUCCUCCUUCACAACCGGUCAUGACUUGAUUGUUGAUGGAGGCUACUGCUUGCCUUGA